AGAGCCUGGGACCUUGGCUUCCUGGGACUGUUGUGUGUGUGGGGAAGGUUGGAGAAGGGGGCGUGGGAGACCACAGGAGGGCUCAGAGGGGAUGGACUUCGGAGGAAAAACCAGUUGCUGCAUUGGAGACUCGACCGUAGGCUUAUCUCUGAGUGCCAGUGUCCAGCAACAGUUUGGGGGUUCGGGAGGGGAGUUCAGCCUGAAGGCUUAGAUUAGGGCUUGGUCCACAUGGAAAGGGUGGUUGACUCGGUGAGAGAAGAUGAGAUUCCUAAGAUGGGAGACACUGAGAGACUGGGGGGCUGUGCCCUGAACCUGGGGGUGGGAGAGAGAAGAUUCCAGAGAACUGGAUGCCCAGCUGAGGCGCCCUGCCCUCGAUGACCAGCGGCGCAUGCUGUCUUCACAUAGGACCUGUCUCUCACGGAGCUGGGUGCCUGGGCUGCUCUCUGACCGUUCCAGAUGGGAAAGCAGGGAAAAGGUGGGCCUGGCAGGGUGUAGACGAGCUCCAGCCCCUGGGUGACACAGCCCCCCUUCUCUGGCUCCCUGGCAUCUAAACUUACACACCUAAACCAACAUGUUUUAUUGCAUGCACUGGUUUUCUUUCUGGACAGGAAGAAACGUCAUAAACUGUAAUUGGUAGAUUGCAAAGAUUCAGAAGCAAAACACAGGAGUCUGAGUAAUACAGACUAGGCCGUGUGCCGCUACAGAGCUCCCGGUCCCUGUUAGUCAGCGUCUGGCUGUGGACGCUGCCUGCCUGGCCACAGAUGCUGGUCCGCCACUGAUCAAGCUACUUACCUUCUCUGGGCCUCACUUUCCCCAGCUGGAAUGAUGCGGUUUGUGAGGGUUAAACGAUCCAAGACUUGCAAAGUGCUUAGAACAAUGCCAAAGGGCUAGUAGGUGUGAAUAAUCAUUAUUCAAUAAUCAUUAAUAUUAUCUUCUGGAGGGCAGUAGAAUGUAGGACUCAGUUGCAGGGAGGGAGGCAAGAACUGAUACAUAGAAAUUCUCCUUUUCUUAGUAAUAAGAAUGGACUGGAGAUCCCUUAAAAGUAUUAAAGGGGUACUUCUUCCUCUGUUUCUUUUGUGAGUGUGGGGAUUGGCUGCUCAACGGAGGAAGGAAAAGGUAAUGUCCUGACCAGAGCCAGGGAGUAUUGGGCAAUGCCCAGAACCCCUGCCCAGUGCGGUGCUGGGCAGGAAGGCCUGCCUCCUGGUCUGCCUUCAGUGACCCGGAUUUAGAAUAGAACUUUAUUUUUUAAAGAUAAGACAUGAAAGACAGACUGAGAAAGCCUCUUGGUCAGUGAGGCAGGCCUAACAGAGCCAACUCUUCUGAUUGCCCAGUGAAAGCAGGGCUUUUUAAGCCCUGCCACUUUUUGGGCAGCCGCAGGCCUGGGAAUGUCUAACCGUGGGGGCGGGGUGGGCUCCGCAGGAAAGCGCCUCCUGCUGCCAAGCUCCCUGCCCUCCCCCUUGCGCCCUCGCCCUCAGGCACCCACACCUUCGCUGACGUCCGGCCCGCUGGUUGGCUGGCUGGCGGGGUGCGCCCCAGGUGGGGGUUCUGGGCCAGUGGAGUCUGGCUGCUCUAAAGAUCACUGCAGAAAUACCGCUUGGCCGAAGCCAUCGCCUUUUGGAAUUUGCCCUCUGCCCUGCCUUAUCUCUGAGGGGUUGCUGGAAUUUCUCUGUUGCUGGGAGUUUGGGGGUUUUUUGGGGGGUUGUUUGCUUUUUCCUUUGGUGCUUGCAAAGAAAUAAAGAGAAGAGCGGUAGCCAGCCAGCCUCCCUGGAUCACAUGCAGGACAGAAGAGCCUUAUCCCUCAAAGCGCACCAGUCGGAAAGUUACCUGCCACUUGGCUGUAAAUUGCCCCCUCAGCCCCCAGGGGUGGACACAAGCCCCCGCCCAAACUCACCGGUUUUCAGGACGGGCAGCGAGCCCACCCUGAGCCCGGCAUUGGUUCGGAGGGUCUCCUCGGACGCUAGGGCAGGGGAGGCCCUGAGGGGCUCAGACAGCCAGCUGUGCCCCAAGCCGCCGCCCAAGCCCUGCAAGGCACCCUUCCUCAAGGCUCCCCCGUCUCCAUCCACCUGGCUCAACUCAGAGGCCAACUACUGUGAACUGAACCCAGCCUUCGCUGCGAGCUGCGACAGGGGGGCGAGGCCCCCCCUCUGUGCCCAGGACAGUUACGUGGAGCUGCUGACGGCCAAGCAGAACGGGGUGCCGGGUCCCCGGAACUCCGGCACCAACUACUUGAUCCUCGACGAUGACGGGGCAGGGCCUUGGGCAGCGCCGGCCGUGCAGACGGACCAGGGGCCAGAGGAGGAUGAGGCCCAGUUUGUGCUGCCCCGUCUGGAGACGGCCUCCUCGUUCAGACCCAAUGACUUUGAGUCGAAGCUCCUUCUUCCUGAGAACAAGCCCCUGGAAACAGCACUGCUGAAGCGGGCGAAAGAACUGUUCACUCAGCACGACCCCAAGGUCAUUGCCCAGCACAUGCUGAGCACGGACUGCGUGGUUGCGAGGAUACUUGAAGUGUCGGAAGAGAUGAGGAAGAGCAUGGGCGUGAGCUCAGGGCUGGAGCUUGUCACCUUGCCUUAUGGCCACCAGCUGCGCCUGGACAUAAUUGAAAGACACAACACGAUGGCCAUCGGCAUCGCAGUGGACAUUCUGGGCUGCACGGGCACUCUGGAGGACCGAGCGGCCACCCUCAAUAGGAUCAUCCAGGUGGCGGUGGAACUGAAAGACUCCAUGGGGGACCUCUAUUCUUUCUCGGCCAUCAUGAAAGCCCUGGAAAUGCCGCAGAUCACAAGGUUAGAAAAAACGUGGACUGCCCUGAGGCACCAGUACACCCAAACUGCUAUCCUCUAUGAAAAACAGCUGAAGCCUUUCAGCAAGAUCCUGCAUGAAGGCCGAGAGUCUACGUGUGUUCCCCCCAACAAAAUAUCAGUCCCCCUAUUGAUGCCUCUUGUGACCUUGAUGGAGCGCCAGGCUGUCACUUUUGAAGGAACUGACAUGUGGGAAAAAAAUGACGAAAGCUGUGAGAUUAUGCUGAACCACUUGGCCACAGCCCGGCUCAUGGCAGAAACUGCAGACAGCUACCGGAUGAACGCUGAGAGGGUCCUGGAAGGUUUUCAACCAGAUGAAGAAAUGAGUGAAAUCCUCAAGACUGAAUUUCAAAUGCGAUUGCUAUGGGGCAGCAAAGGUGCACAAGUGAAUCAGACAGAGAGAUAUGAGAAAUUCAGCCAGAUUUUAACUGCCCUCUCACGUAAAUUGGAACCUCCUCCUGUAAAGCAGGCAGAGCUUUGA